AAAUUCACUUCCGGUCCGUUGGGUUGAACUUCCGUUUGGCUGGACAAACAAGCUCGUGAAACAGCCUUGUUGAUACUGUUUUUUCUCUUUUGUUGAGCUUCAUACAGUCGACCAGGCAGUCAUGUCUAGUCGGGAACCCAUCAACAUGAAGCUGCCCCCGAUCCAGUCCACGGCCGGAGCCGUGCCAGUCCGGAACGAGAAAGGUGAGAUCUCCAUGGAGAAGGUGAAGGUGAAGAGGUAUGUGUCGGGUAAACGUCCAGACUACGCACCAAUGGACUCGUCAGACGAGGAGGAGCAGGACUUCCAGUUUGUGAAGGGAAAAGAACCAGAGCCGGAGCCAGAGCUGGAGGAGGAGGAUGUUUCUGACCCGCGUCUCAAACGUUUGUUGAACCGUGCCACUGAAGAUGUCGAGGAAAGGCUUGCGAGGCACAGGCAGAUCGUGGAGCCCCAAGUUGUGGCCGAGAGCAGCGAGGACUCGGAUGAAGGCACAUGGCAUCCAGAGCACGAGGAGAGCAGUGAGGAAGAAGAGGAGGAAGAGGAAGAAGUGGAUGAUGAGGAAAUCGAGAGGAGACGACAAAUGAUGCGUCAACGAGCAGAGGAGAGGAAAAAUGAAGAGAUGGAGGUCAUGGAGGUGGAAGAAGAGGGGAAGUCUGGAGAGGAGUCGGAGUCAGAGUCAGAAUAUGAAGAAUACACAGACAGUGAGGAUGAGGCGGAGCCGCGACUCAAACCGGUGUUCAUUCGCAAAAAAGACCGAGUGACCGUGGCUGAGCGUGAAGCGGAGGAGCUGAGGCAGAGAGAGCUGGAGGCCGAGGCCAAGAGGCAGGCGGAGGAGCGCCGGCGCUACACCCUCAAGAUCGUAGAGGAGGAGGCCAAGAAGGAGUUUGAGGAGAACCGGCGCACGCUGGCUGCUCUGGAAGCACUGGACACUGAUGGAGAGAAUGAAGAGGAAGAAUACGAAGCCUGGAAGGUCCGAGAGCUGAAACGCAUCAAGAGGGACAGAGAAUCCAGAGAAACCAUGGAGAAGGAGAAGGCUGAAAUUGACAGAUUCCACAGCCUGACGGAGGAGGAGCGCAGGGCUGAGCUCCGCAACAGCGGCAAGGUCGUCACCAACAAAGCCUCCAAAGGCAAAUACAAGUUCCUCCAGAAGUACUACCACAGAGGAGCCUUCUUCAUGGAUGGGGAGGAAGACGUUUACAAGAGAGAUUUCAGCGCUCCUACGCUGGAGGAUCACUUCAACAAAACCAUCUUACCCAAAGUCAUGCAGGUCAAAAACUUUGGUCGAUCUGGACGCACCAAGUACACUCACUUGGUGGACCAGGACACCACGUCGUUCGACUCGGCCUGGGCCCAGGAGAGCGCCCAGAACACCAAGUUCUUCAAGCAGAAGGCGGCAGGCGUGAGGGACGUGUUUGACCGGCCCACAGUGAAUAAGAGGAAGACCUAGAUGGACGUUACCAGGGUCGCCGUGCAGAUUUAGAGACUGACCAGAGACUCUGUUAUCUUUAUUAAAGAAAAGCAGCACACAUGCUGACUCUUCCACUUUGAUCUGCUUAAACAGCAGGACACUGCGUAAUCACUGGUCCCUCAAAACCUCACGUAUGAUGGCUGAAACCGGUACCACCUGAAUCUUUGUGCUGAAAGCAGUGGCCCCUGUUGUAAUUUUGUAAAUAUUCAGCUUGUAACAUUUAGUUUGAAAAUUCUCCCACAGCCUUCCAAUAUUACCGUUUUUCCUGCUACUUUUGUGAAAAUGGAUGUCGCAACUAUAAGUUUUAAUUAAAUAACAUUUUUACAGAGA